GACAGCACAUGGAGACGAUUUAUGCAUGGGUACGUCUCUGAAAAAUCUAAGAUGUUUAAUUAUCGCCAUAGUUGGCGUCUCUUUCAUGAGUACCAUGGCGAUGUUUUUCUACUCUUCAAACUUCUGGAGGGGAAUGAAAGUGAGGGAGAAAGAUGAGCAAGAGGGCAAGGAAGACACUCAAAAAUGGUUUACUACUACAGAUCAAGCUUACUACUCGGCGUUUAUUGGUGAUUCCCUCAAAGGGCCGUCGACACCCUCCGACGGUAUCAAAGAAUAUUUACCUCGAGUAAAUUUGCCCCUCAAGCAUUCAACACAGAUGCCCACUGUUAACGUUUCAGUUACAACAAGCACUGAUACUGCUGAAAGUCUACCUACUGAACGGAUUGAAGAUAACGAAGCUCGGCAAAAAGGUAGUUCAAAUAAAAACGUAAGUGAAGCAAGGAAGACUAUUGAUGCAAGUCGUGAGAGCGAUUCAACGUACCACGAAGAAACUGCGUUCUGCCCAAAAGUUUCACAGAUUCAUGGUAAGUAUUGGCUAUUAUUUGAAUUUAAUUUUCUUGAAAUUUCAGUUGCGUCCAUUUUUCACCAUAAGGACUUAACUAAUUUGUUUGAAUCAAACUUUAAAAUUUAUCUUCUGUGAUAUCGUGACAAUAUUUAACAGACGAAGGUUUUGAAGUGAAGGAGGAACCGUUAUAUUGAGCGUCAUAAUAGAUUCGCGCUUUCACGAGAAAUUUAACAUCCAAUAUACAUCGAGAUAUCAUGGUACUUGACACAAAAGGGAGUCAAACUUUUACACAUCUUUACAACAGUUUGCUUUACAGUAAAGACGAAGUCCUGUGUAAACUUACCGGUAAAUAUCUACUAAUUAUAAUGCAUAAUUUCUCAGAUUCUCGCACUCUGAUUGGUCGAAACAAUCGCUAAAAUAUAGCAGGGGGGCUGAAUUUAAAAAUGGUUGCAUUGAAUUUUAUUUUGUCCAUGUUUUUUGUAUUGUUUUUGUUUUUUGUAAUAUUCUUUUUUUUUUUGUCCAUGUAUUUUGUCCAUAGACAGAGAAAACAAAAUUUUAUUCCUAAGAGCUCAAAAGAUAUUAGGUUUGGAGUAACACUUUUCAAAAGUAGCACAGCAAGUUAUUCCUGAUUAAAUUGAGUAGACCUGUUAAAUUCUUGUGCAAAGUGGCGGCUUGCCUCAACACAAGUACUCCAAACAAUUGUGACAAAUUACAUGCAGAACUUUCUUUACUUUCAGAAUGGUUAGAAAAGAAAAGACAAAUUUGCAACAGAACUUGAAAGCAUCAGACCAAUCAAUUAUACAAAGACAAUUUGCUCAUUGCUUACAAAAUACCUUGCAAUAUAUGUUAUAUGUGAUAAAAUGUUAGAGUUUAUGUUCACUGGCAUAAAUAUCUUGAAUCAGAGUCAUUUUAGACUGAUCUGCUUUGUAAGGGUUAAAAUGACUCAGAGAAAGGUCCAUAACAUAUUUAUUCCCACGAACAUAAACUGCACUACUAUUAUCAUCAUUUUGGAGGGUAUUGAGAAAUUAAAAACCAAAGAAACACAGUCUGAACAAUUGAGCAAGUAUCUGAGCAAGCUAAAACCCAUUGUACCUACAAAAUGUGCCACAAUGUAUGACAAAGUGACAUUAAUAUGUGUUAUGUGUUUAAUACCAACUAUGGUUUAUACCAUUGAUUCAGGUGUAUAUAUAACUUACACAGAAUGUCCUUUUUUUUUCCUUUCUUUCGGCAACUGAAAUUUCAUUUCAUAAAUUUAGAUGGCUCAAUGGUGUAUUGAAAAAUAAGCUUAGCUUGGAACCCUGACUGGAGUAUGUUAGUGUUUCAAGGGUAAACAAGUGGUUUGAGGAAAAUGUGAGGAUUGACCAUAAAGUGUGGGUCUGGGGCAAAAAACAGUUUACUUUAAAAAAUUGGAAAAUGAAAAACAGGGUAUUGAAAUUGAAAUGAAAAAAUCAUUUAAUAGGAGUUGAAGGUCACAAUGAAAAUUUGCCAACAGUUAAGAAUCAAGAAGUUUUCUUUUUCCUUUUUUUGUUAUAUUUAGUGUGUAACUGAAGAUCAAGUUUAAUUUGUAACAGUAAAGAAACUUAAUGUGGAUUUGAUUUUUUCUUUAUUUCAAUUUUAAAAUUAGAAGGUGCUUUGAUUGUAAAUGUAACACAAGUUAGAAUGACUGAUGUAGAAAAGGACAUGUCUAGUUGGGUCAGUGAGGGAGGUUGCUGGAAACCUUCGAAGUGUAAAGCCAGGGUUAAGGUAAGAUGUUGUCUGUUCUUUGUUUGAUUGUAAAACUAAAUCAAAAGAAAUUGCGACAGGCUCUCUAGACAAGGAUAUAUAUCAUAGGGAGAUGAUGUCAUCCAAAUAGUAUGUCAGUUUUCAGGCACAGUGUGUGCAGCAAACAAAAACAAAAUGUGAUUUCAGGUUUGCCUUUGACACCCAUGGGAAAUGUUCUCUAUCAGCCUAGACUGAGCAGGUAGUGUUGUACAUUGCUUGACACAAGUUAGUUCCAAUUGUCUUGGAUUUGAGAGAUAACUAACACUUGCAAUGCUGUAACACUGUUCUCAGAACCAUUCAAGCUCUUUAAAUACCUGUCAAAGUAAUUUUUUGGGAAAAAACACUAUUCUCCUGGAUACUUCAAGUGCUUAAAAUAAAAUUGCUGCUUCAUCCUUUUAUAUAAGAGUGACUAAAAUCUAAUUUCCCCUCACAAUACCAACCCUUAAUCAAACACUAUGGUCAUGAGAAUAAAAGAAAUGAUCAGCAACUGCAGAAGCUCUUGAUUGUUAAACAAAUUCUCCUUGUCUGCACCAGGAAAUGUAUAGAGAACAGUAUGGAGAAAUAUGUUGAUGUUAAAGUGUAAACAGUUAAAGUUUUAUUGAACAUGUGUUAUUUAACAUGUAUUUCAUUGGAUGAUCUCUUGCCAGAUGUCCCUCAUUAUUCCGUACCGCAAUCGUUACGAGCAACUGUCUAUCCUAGCGAGACAUAUACACCCCAUGCUAAAGAAACAGAAUUUGGACUACAGAAUAAUUGUCGUAGAGCAGGUCUGUAUUGGGAACUGUUUUUUGUUUAGUUUAAAUUAAUAGUGAUAUGUUUGUGGUUCUUGUUGCUUUCUGGGAUGUUAAAUGGGUCUAUAACAAUCAUUAUCUGAUGUGUUUCAUUUGCAUAAGACUUAAAGCUGUUUUAUCAGCGUAAGUGUCUGCUAACUAUGGGAAGCUAUCCCUAAUUUAAGCCUUAAGUUCUUCACAUUGUUUAUGGUCCUUUGUGCAUGCCACUAUCUCAUAUACAUGUUGCACAGGUAUGGUGUCAACUUCCAGAACCAUAAAAUACCUUUAGAAAACAACCCAAAGAGCGACAAGCAUCUAAUUUCUCCUUACAAGAUCACCUCUGAUUCACAUAUUCAGGUCACAGGAUUGAAUAAAGGAAAUUAUCAUCAAUUAAAGGAGCUCAUGAUUGUUAAACAAAGUCUCCUUGUCAGUACCAUGGGAAAUGUGUAGAGAAAAGAAUGGAGAAUGUGCAAACUGAUGAUGGGUUGUAAAGGGUUAAAAUAUAUUUUAAUAGUGGUUAGUUUUAUUUAGAGUUGUAGUUGGGUUAGAGUUAGAGUUUCAGUUUUAAAAUGGAGAGAAAAUAUUUUAGUUGUUGUAGCAAUAAGGCAUGAUACAUUGAGGAAGAAGGCUUUGUGAUCCAAGACUCUUUUUACCUUCUGCUUGGCAAGUUUGCCCAAGCUACAUGUUGUUGUCUUCUAACUACUUCGCAUGUUUAUGAGAGUUUUUAGUGAGCUACAAACUGUUGCAAAAUUAGUAGAGACAUUUUGUAUGUAUAAGAUUGUUAGUUCUAUGCUGUAUGUCAGACUAUGAUCUUGCAAAAAAAAUUACCCCUUCCCUCUGAUUAAAGUUACUGGUUAAGCAAUGCUAUGCCUUACACCUAGAUUAAUAAGAGGGGGUGGGGAGGGGUGGGGAAUCUUGUUUAUUGGAUAUUGAUUUGUAAGAAAGGCAGGUUUUUUAGAAGGAGUACCUCACCUGACAUUCUUGUGACCGUUCAAGGGUAAUAUGAUAGUAUAACUGAUUAACAUGCUGCAUUUUUGUUUGCAAAAAUUGCUUUUUUCUUGUUUUUUUUUUUUUUGCUCUUCUGUCAUUUCAGCUCUUAAACCUCUUACUCUUAAGAGUAGAUUCUUAUUAGUAGAUUCAAUACCAAAUUCUGCAAACCAACAUCAUAAGAACUGUAUGGCAGACAGUAAGGAGAAUUACUAAUGAGAUCUUGAGAGUGAAAGGGUUAAAUAAGUUUACUGAAUAUAACAAAGCAGUAGUUUUUAUUGCUACUUACCCAGGUCACAUGAUGAAACGCGUAAUUUACCAUCAUUAUAGCAACUUCAAUUGAGUAUUAUAAGUAAUCCAGGAUUGCUUUAAUUUGACUCAACUUUGCUCAGUGAUUGGUGCAGAAAACUCGUGCAAUCCUGUCAACCAAUCAGAUGCAGACUAAAAUCAAUAACGACUUGGCCAUUCGCGUUUUCCCGCGAUUUUAGCAGUUUGGGCGUUGUCACUUUUAGUUCUCAUUGGCUAAUGACAAUUGGUUUCUGGGAUUACGCUGGUUUUGGUUUUUCGACACUUUGUGAUUUGGAUUUAUUGAUACUUUUUCUCACAGGCAGGAGAUACUCCAUUCAACCGAGCCAUAUUGUUCAAUAUUGGCUACCAAGAAGCACUCAAGUUUGAUGAUUACACAUGUUUUGUGUUUCAUGACGUUGAUUUAAUACCAGAGGAUUAUAGGAAUGAUUACGGCUGCUCCUCAUCGCCCAGGCAUCUGUCAGUUGCUGUGGAUAAAUUCAAUUAUAGGUAUGGUAUUUCGGAUGUAACAGAGGAGGAGUUGGCUGUUUGCAGGUUAUAUUUUGGAUGAAAAUAUCAGUAAGAGUCAGGUAUUCCUAUACAGGACUAGGUUUCCUUUUUAACGUAUGGUUUUCUUUCAGGCUGCCGUAUCCGACCAUUUUUGGAGGUGCUGGGUCCUUUACAAAGGACGACUUUCAACUUAUCAAUGGUUUUUCCAACCAGUUUUGGGGAUGGGGAGGAGAGGACGACGAUCUGUACAAAAGGUGACUGGGUUUUACUCGAUUUACCACAUGCAUUUUUGGAAUCACUGGUGUUCCUUGUAAUCUGAUCGGCUCUCACUGAUGCGAUUUAUUCGAGAAUUCUGAAUCGCAUCUUUUCCUAGCCAAUGAAGAAUCUUCACUAAAAUACAACAACCAAUCAGAUUUCAAGGCUUGUUUAGAGAAACCAAUCACAUUGCAGGAAAAUGAAAACAACUUUUGCAACUUUCUACGAACAAGCUCGCCACUAGAUCACUAAAAUAUUUGUACAGACUAAAAAUUCCUGUAUCUGAGCGACUUCAUUUUGCGAUUGGACUUCGUGUCGUGCAAUUUUGGUCUGAAACUAUAUUUUUGAUUUCAGAACAAGUUGCGCUCCACUGACUUCAAUUACCAUUAUGAGUUUUCGCUCCAGCGGAACUUCCGCGAUUGCAUCAGUUUUUCUGCGUCAUGGUGCCCAGCUCCAGACCAUUGAAAAAUGCGCAUUUCUCUCAACUAAUGAUAAAAAAAAACAGCCCAAGAGAGUCAGAAAAGACUGUGUCGCACAUGACAGAUGGGAAUCGAUAUCGAUAAAGAAUUAUCUCCACUGAUACAGGAAGGUCAUGCAUGUGACUCUCUUUUAAGCUCGAAUUUCUUUAAAGCUUUUUCUUUUCAACUGCGUCAGUUGUUUCUCUAACUGCGAUGCUGUUUUGAAGCAGUCAAGGUUUUUUCUUUUUUUAGUUCUCUGAGUCAUUUCGCUCACUCUUUCUGUACUUUUUGUAAGUUCCUACCAAGGACUUUGUCGAAGCAACCUUUUAGGCAAGUCUACCCGUUAGCUUUAGUUCCGUGUAUUUCUCCUAAAUCACGUCUAAACGAAUCAAGCGUCCCGAUUGGUUACUUCCUCUCCUGCGCUUGAGGUCGCUUAGAUACGAAUUUCUCUGAGCUUUGCGUCCUUGCGUUAUUUUCCUUUGGUCACCUUAAAAGUGACAAGAAUCUUAUUUCUCCACACAAUACCAUCCCUGAAUCACACGUAAGAUCACAAGAAUAAAGGAAAUCAUUACAAACUAAAGAAACUCUUGAUUGUUAAACAAACUCUCCUUGUCAGCACCUUAGGAGGUGUACAGAGAACAGUUUGGAGAAUACGCAUACCGAUGUUAGGAUGCAAAGGGUUGACGAAAUUCCAUCACAAUGUGCCGUUAAAAUUUAAACAACAGGCGACGCUUGACCUUUACCCUUAGCGUAGCAUUCAUGACGUUUCUAGCAUCGUUCCAUGACCAACCCAGCCCAGCGGACUCUCCUGUCCAACCCCUCAUCGUCCAUGCAUUGCUCAGGAAGUUUUUGUGACUGUAUAUGUUUGAACUUUUAGAAUAACUGCCGUGGGUCUUACAUUGACUCGACCAUCCAUGAGAGUGGGAAGGUAUAAAAUGCUUAAGGCAUUUCAUCGUCGCAGUACAGAAGAUGACCCAAUUCGGUACGUACUGAUACUUGAUGAUUUGCAAUGUUGUACUUCGAACCUUACACCAUUCACGAAACAACUGACAAAAUUCCUCUAAUAGUUUGGUAGAAAACUCGUAUCUCGAUUCCCGUUUGACUUGGAUAGAAAAAAAAGGGGGGAAAGGCCGUUCCUUUUCUAGUAAGAGACUGCUCGUUAUUUUUUCCUUAGGGAGAAAGGGGGGUGAGGAUUUUGGUUUACCUGAUCCCCCUUAAGGCUUUGUUAUUUCCUCAUGAUCUCCCCUCAUCGAGGCAGUUGAUUGGCGGUCAGUUUCCUGUAGUUAUUCUUUUAUACUCUGUUUGCGACGACUGAUCCUUCCCCUUUCCCCUGGAAACCACGUAAUUUCCCCCUCCCCCUCCCCCCCCCCCCCCCCCCAAAAAAUCCUUCUUUUCCCUUGGCGGUGAAUAAUGGCUGAUCCCCGUUUAGAUACCUCUCACUUCGGCUCUGACAGCUGAUGAGCGGGGGAGUUUUUUCCAACAAGACGACUAACAGUGAGUUGAGAUAGCAGGAAGACACGAAGUCAAAAAACAGUUUCUUUUCAAACAAAAACGAAAAGAGUUGUUGCAGCCGCGCACGAGAUGAGAUCACGGCUUGUUAAAAAGGUUCCAGCUAUAUAUGGUGGUUCAUAAGAAUAAUUGGUGUCCCUUGGAAAAGUGGUCACUCACUUGAGGAACUUGCUUAUGGGACUCGGUCGCUCAGAGAGGUUCUAUUGUUGUAAAAGAUGGAAAAAAAAAGAGCCUUAGAUAGAGAGCGCAUUUUCCCGACCUCCUAGAACCCUGUAAAUCCCAAGAUUUGAUUUUUAUUUCUCCCCUCUAUCUGUUACACAUUUCCUUGUAAAUCAGUUACAAGAAUUUGUCGUGAGAUCAAGAUAAGAAGUUUUGCCUGAUAUGUUCUUGUAUUAUCAUUACCUGUUAAAAAGAUUACCUAUGGAUAUUAUAGGGAGAAGUGACAGCUUAAUCACUUCUGUUAGUUUAAGGGUUAAACUUUGUUACAUCGGGGUUCCCAUGAAUGGGAUGUUGCAUGCGCACUUCCCAAAUAUUUGCAUUUAAUCUUGAUGUUAAAUCUUUCUCGGAACUUUCCAAUCCAUGUUCACAUUGAAGUAUUUUUUCAAUCAAGAAUUCUCUAUGUUCAAAAUGUUUCUUAUUUUGAGUUUACUUGACAAAUAAAUUUUUUUCAAUUUACACGCAGCCACAAUAAACUGCAAACUUCGGUUUACCGCAUGAGAUCCGACGGCCUCAACUCUCUUAAUUACACUGUGGAGCAAUUGACAGAGCAUCCCCUCUACACUUUGGUAAAGGUUGACGUGAAAGACGCUUUGGCUGAAUACUACAGGUUAUAUGGCAUAGAAGAUCACAACACGUAAUUAUUAACAAGUCUCUGGGUAGCUUGUGAGAUAAUUAAAAGGGAGGAUCCUGACUCAUGUGGACUGGACUCUUGUGGACUGGACUCUUGUGGACUGGACUCUUGUGGACUGGACAUAUGAAUGGCCAGCUCUGCACACUAUUCCAGGCUAUGAGAAGUCUAGUACGAAUGGAAUGGUCUCGUUUCAUAUCGAAACAAAAUUGAGGCAAGGAGGCAUUGAGAGAAACCCAUUUAUUUCUUGAUUAAGAAACAGGAUCAACAAGAAGACGGUAAACUGAUUUGAUACCUCGGUGACUCCGAACCUCAAUAGUAUGGUGGACUACUGUCGCCUUCCCUUUUACUUCACGUUUGUUACUUUAUGGCUUUCUUUGGGCCUUUCCGCUCCAGCGGAUAAAACUAGACUUUUCCUGACAAAAUUAUGGACAUAUCCUGUCACGACAAAUGUUUGUUCCGUCUGUUGCAUCUGCAUUAAAUUUCAAAGCCGUUGAAUUCCGUCAGCGCGUGAACUUUUCAUAAUACCCGCCAACACCGUUUGCCAAAGGAUUCCACCUGCAAUUUCCAGAAUUUAUCCUAACUCGUUUUGCAACAGAAGACAAUUUUUACCUUUCUUGUAAAUUGAUUUCAGUUCAAUUACAUGCUGGUCGUAGCUUUUACGACAAAUGAUCGACAAGUUUUAUCACGGUUUUGUCUAUUAGUCGAUUUUGUCCAGUUUUUACUCGGGACACAUUUUGUCGGCGGUGCGUUUGAAGAUUUGCCCGCUUUGGCCAAAAUUUUGUGUCUGCCUAUCAAAGUUUUUGGGCGAAAAAAAGGAUCCAUACUAGUGCCCUCAAAACCGCAGACCGCCAGCAACGCAGGCUAUGCCCGCGUUUAAUCGGUGUAGGAGUUUGCUGAGUAAAGGUACCUUACAGUGAAUCUACAGAAAAAAUCGUGCGGUCAGCUCAAGGGGUAUCUGCUUAAUAGAGGGUUUUCGAUCAUUACAUUUGUC